AUGGCUGCACGGCUGUUGCAGAGGAGUCCCGUUGCCGUGGCUCAGCUCUUCUCCAGAGGGUUGACGAGUACAUCAACAAACUCGGGCUCUCUGGAGAAGCCUCGGACAGUGAAGGAUCUGCCGCACGUCAGCGUCUUGGAGUUGCUCUACCGAAUGGUGGUUCAGGGUUUCUACAGCCGGGCGCAUGAAUUACAGCUGUAUGAAAAGCAGCUCUAUGGGCCCAUAUACAGAGACGGAUUAAAGACCGUGUCCCUGAACACCCCGAAGCUGCUGGAGGAACUCUUGAGAAACGACGAAAGGUUCCCUUGCAGAGGAGACAUGUCUUUUUGGAAGGAUUAUCGUGACAUAAAAGGAUUCGGCUACGGACCUUUCACAGUGGAGGGGGAGAGCUGGUACAAGCUGAGGGUGGCGUUGAACAAGCGCAUGAUGUAUCCCAAAGAUUCUGCCCUCUAUGGCAGAAUUCUCAACGUGGUGGUCGCCGACUUCAUCGCCAGGCUCCGCUAUGUGCGCCGGUGCAGCCCAACCGGAGAUUUGGUGAUGAAUUUGGCCAACGAGUUUUAUCGUUUUUCACUCGAGGGUAUCGCCACGAUAUUGUUUGAGACUAGACUGGGCGCUCUGGAAAAGGACGUUCCGGCAGGUACGCAGCAGUUUAUCGACGCCAUAGCCAAGAUGUUUACCAACAGCCUGGCCGUGGUGGCGAUGCCCAAGUGGAGCCGGAAUCUGCUGCCCUACUGGGGACGCUACAUCGAUGGAUGGGAGGGCAUCUUCAGCUUUGCCAAGAUGUUGAUUGACAAGAAACUGGAGGACAUUCAGCAGCGCAUUGACCGCAACCAGGAUGUGGAGGGAGAGUACCUGACGUACUUGCUGUCAAACACUGAGAUGGAAACGAAAGACAUAUAUGGUAGCAUCGCCGAGCUUCUCUUAGCUGGAGUGGACACGACCUCCAACACUCUGACGUGGACUUUGCACCUGCUGUCCCAGUACCCACAAGUACAGGAGAAGCUUCAUGAAGAAGUGUCUGAGUUGAAAACAGCAGAUGGGACCCCAUCUGCGGAGGAGGUGACCAGCAUGCCGUAUCUAAGAGCUGUCAUCAAGGAAGCGCUGAGGAUGUAUCCAGUAGUUCCUUUUAAUGCAAGGGUCAUGGCUGAAAAGAGUGUUGUUAUUGGUGGAUAUCAGUUUUCCAAAAAUACGGUUUUCACGUUUUGCCACUACGCCAUCAGUCACGACGAGGAAACCUUCCCAGAGUCGUUCUCCUUCAAGCCAGAGCGAUGGCUCCGGGACGGCCGAGAAAGGCCCAAUGCUUUCGGCUCCAUCCCAUUCGGCUUUGGCGUGAGAAGCUGCGUCGGGCGCAGAAUUGCUGAGCUGGAGAUGUAUCUAGUUGUAUUUCAAAUAAUGAGGAUGUUUGAGAUCAAACCAGACCCCAGCGUCGGCGAGGUGAAAUGUCUCAACCGCACCAUUCUCGUUCCAGACCGACCGAUCAGUCUACAUUUUGUAGACAGGGGAUACGAAAAGCCGGCCUAG